AUGCCUGGGCAGCUCUCUGCCUUGGCCAUGCUCUUCCUGUCCCUGGAUGUAAUUUUACAUGGCCAUCAAAUAAGAGAAAAAGACCUUCCAAAAAUCAGAGGGUAUCUUCAAUAUACUUCAACAGCAACAAAACAAACCACAGCAAAACCUCUCCUACAGCUGACUAAUGAAACACGUCACGUAACAUUAGUAGCAAGAUCAAGGGAUGAUCACAUUCAAUUAGCUGCUGAAACCUCCACCUCUGAAAAUACAGCUCACAGAACAAUCAAAGCAGUAAUUCCAGUAACCACAAAAGGUCUUAUACCCAGCAGCCCAGUUAAUGACACCUUAGUCAGAUCUAGUAACUCAAUCGUGACUGCUUCAUCUACGGAAGGUACCAUUGGCCCUAGAUCAAUUGCACAUUUACCAAUUCAUACAACUGGAGCUAGUAUAUCUACUGUCAACCAUAUAACUGGGAGAACUACACAGCUUGGUGGUCAGACUACCCUCCCCCAAACAUUUUUCACAGCUUCACACAAAAGCACAACCAACGAGAAGCCAACUCCACUCACCUACGUCUCAGGAACAUCAGUACCUACACACAAGGACAGCUCAUCAAUCUCCACUGCCCCCGUAGUUCCUGGGCCCACUCUUGCAACCCAGUUGUCACCAGCUAAAAUUGGAACGUAUGAAGUCCUAAAUGGAAGCAGGCUCUGUAUCAAAGCAGAGAUGGGACUAACGCUGAUUGUUCAAGAAAAGGAUUUGGAUUUUGCAACUCAGAGACACUUCAACAUUGACCCCAGCCUAACCCACGCAUCUGGGAAAUGUGGCUCCCAAAAGUCCAACCUUUUCUUGGAUUUCCAAGGUGGAUCAGUGAAUGUCACAUUUAUUAAGGAAGAAACAUCAUAUUAUGUCAGUGAAGUAGGAGCCUAUUUGACUAUCUCAAAUACAGAGAAGACUUAUCAGGGCAUGAAACAUACUAUGAUGCUGUUUGAGACAGUAGUUGGGCACUCCUUCAAGUGUGUGAGUGAGCAGAGCAUCCAACUGUCAGCCCAGCUUCAAAUGAAAACAAUGAACAUCCGUCUCCAAGCCUUUGAUUUUGAAGGAGACGGCUUUGGAAAUGUGGAUGAGUGUUUGUCUGACUACACAGUUGUGCUUCCUGUGGUCGGGGCCAUCGUGGUCGUCCUCUGUGUUGUGGGUCUGGCUUUCUACAAAAUCCGGCAAAGGCAUCAGUCAAUGGGAUACCAGAGAAUCUAA